AUGCAGAGGUUACAGGGCCACGCGAACGUCGUCGACCUUCACAGCGUCUACGAAAACGACGCCUUUAUUUUCCUCCUCAUGGAACUUUGCCCCGACGGCGACCUCUUUAAACUCAUCUCCGAGCAAAACGGGCUGCCGGAGACCGAGGCGCGCUACAUCUUUAAGAGGGUCGCUCUCGCCGUGCAGCACUGCCAUCGCAACGGAAUCGUCCAUCGUGACAUCAAGCCCGAAAACAUCCUCCUCCACGAUCCGUCCCCCCCAUCCGAUGAGUCAUCCAACGCCCAUUCAUCCCUGGACGGGCCAAUUUGCCCUCUUCCGCACGCUCACGACGCCGGUUCUUCCGCAGCGCUCGCCUGUGGCUGCGCGCCAAGCCGCGAGUGGGGAGUGAAGCUCGCCGACUUCGGCCUCUCGAGACGUCUCGAGCAGGGUUCCCGCGUGCGAGGCCGCGUCGGAAGCUACCCGUACGAGGCUCCCGAGGUGGUCGCAUCUGAGCCGUACGAUUGGUCUGCUGACGUGUGGAGUCUCGGGGUGUUGCUGUACACUAUGCUUGCUGCUAGCUGGCCAGAAUUCAAGGACGGACGACGUGCGCUGAAUGAGGACGUAGAUUGGUGUUUCUCCCAGCUCCUGUGGCAGCGAGGCAGUGCGAUCGAUUGUAGAGUGCGAAUCUGCACGAUCCACACGAUGGCAUCAGCUACGAAAGCGCUCCACCUCUCCCCCGUCGCCACCUCUGCGCAUCAACGUCCCUCCCCCUCUUCCUCCCUCCCCGCCCCCGCGUCCCGCGUCUCCGCCGUCUCCCUCUGCUCCCGCCCAGUCCUUCCCUCCCGCUUCCGCCGCAGCAGCCGUCUCCCAGUAGCGAUCGGGACUGCAUCAAAGGCGUCUCAUGGCACUCGAAGAUUCCGGUGCGAGGCUGCGAGCAGCGGCGACGCGACGUCGCCCUCCUCCUCGUCGUCGCCUCCAGAACCGGCGGCCACGGCAACCCCAGCAGCAGCGGCGGGCGGAGCGAAGAGCCACGCGUUCAUCCACGACUUCUGCUUCGGCAUCACAUUCGGUGCGGCAGCGGCAGUGGCGGGCGUGGCGUGGUUCCUGAUCACCAAGAGCGCGGACGCCCUGCGCGUGACAGCGCUGUUCGGGGCCACCAUUGCGCUGGGCGGCGUGGGCAGCCUGAGGGCGUGGCGCAAGGGGCAGUCCAGCACGCCCUACAUCCUCGGGCAAGCAGUGCUCGCUGCUGUCUUGGCAUACCAGGCUUUCGUGCGCCUGCAAGUGACGGGUGCUAUUUUCCCGUUGGGUCUUGGCGUGGCGGUCAGUGCUGCCAUGGUGCUGUUUUACAUCUACGUGAUCCUGGCGGGCGGCAAUCCUCCCCCUAAGAAGAAGGCAGCAACUGCUGCUGCUUAG